AUGAAUGAAUCAACCUCAACUACAUCGGGCUUCAAGGGCCCAACAGAGAAAUUUAAUGAUCUGCAAGGAUAUGAGUACGUCAUCGUAGGAUCGGGUGCCGGUGGUGGCCCAUUAGCCGCCAAUCUUGCUCGCAAAGGACAUCAAGUUCUCCUACUGGAGGCUGGAGAUGAUCAAGGGGCCAACCUCAACCAGCAGGUUCCUGCCUUUCACUUCCAAUCCACGGAGGAUGAGAAGAUGUGCUGGAAUUAUUUCGUCAAGCAUUACGGAGACGAGACAGCCGCGCAAAAAGACUCUAAGAUGACAUGGAAAACGCCAACGGGGGCCUAUUACGUCGGAUUAAAGCCACCUGAAGGAUCAACACAAAAAGGAAUUCUUUAUCCACGCGCAGGGACAUUGGGCGGCUGUACGGCUCACAAUGCCAUGAUCACCAUUUACCCGCACGAAAGUGACUGGGCCAAUAUCGCUCAACUGACCGGAGAUAGUUCGUGGGACCCAAAGAAUAUGCGCCAGUAUUUCACACGCCUAGAAAACUGUGCAUAUCUCCCCAAGAACACCCUUGGGCAUGGUUUUAGCGGCUGGCUCGGUACGAGCCGUUCUGAUCUCAAGCUAGCUCUUGGGGACUGGAAACUCCUGUCCAUCAUCAGUGCAGCUGUCAGAGCCAUCGGGCAUGGCAUCCUGGGUGCAGUACGGGAAAGAGCUUCUCAAUUACUGAGGCUACUUCUUCACGACAUCAAUUCCGCCAAUCCUCAGAGGGACAUGACCGAGGGCAUCUAUCAACUCCCUCUGGCCGUAAAAGACGGAAAGCGAAAUGGCCCUCGGGACUUCCUUCUAGAUACAGUCAGAAAAUAUCCGUUGGAGAUAAGGAUGUCCUCACUCGCUACCCGCGUUCUUUUCGAUCACGGUAAUGCCAACAGCACGCCGAAAGCAGUAGGGGUUGAGUUCAUUCAAGGUCCUAGUCUAUAUAAGGCGGAUCCACGUUCCAAUUCAUCAGCUCCCGGUACUAAAUAUCGCGUACUCGUUACUCGGGAGAUUAUACUCGCUGCAGGAGCUUUCAAUACACCGCAACUUUUAAAGCUAAGCGGUAUCGGUCCAGCUGAUGAAUUAGCGAAGUUUGGAAUUUCUGUUGUGAAAGAUCUGCAGGGCGUUGGAACCAAUCUCCAGGAUCGGUACGAGAUUCCCAUUGUCACCAAGAUAGGAGAAGAUUUCUCCAUCACGGCAAAUUGCACGUACUCGCAGCCAGGAGAUCCGUGCCUGAAAGAGUGGAGUCAGCAGCGCGGACCUUAUCUAUCCAAUGGACUCCCUUUCGGAAUCGUGAAGAAAUCUAGUAAAUCCGAUGUUGAUCCUGAUCUGUUCAUUUUUGGCGGACCUGCGCUCUUCAAGGGUUACUAUCCUGGUUACUCCAAAUUGACCAGCGUCGACAAGCAACACUUCACAUGGGCUGUUCUCAAGGCUCACACCCAUAACCAGGAUGGAACAGUCAAACUCACAUCAGCCAACCCGUGUGACGUUCCUGAUAUCAAUUUUAAUUACUUCAAAACAAGCGCAGAAGAAUCUCAGGUAGCAGAACGUGACCUUGAUGCUAUAGCAGAAGGUCUUUUCUUUGCGCGUCGCAUAAUGGAUGAUGUUGUACCAAUAUUCACUGGGUCCGUAGUGGAGGCAUCUCCUGGCCGGCAUGUGGCCUCGCCGCAACAAGCGAAAGACUUCAUCAAAAAUGAAGCUUGGGGCCACCAUGCUUCUUGUAGCUGCCCAAUUGGAGCAGAUGAAGACCCGAAAGCAGUUCUGGAUUCUCGUUUCCGUGUUCGCGGCGUGGAUAACCUGCGUGUCGUGGAUGCGUCCGUCUUUCCUCGCAUUCCCGGUUUCUUCAUCGUUGUCCCCAUCUAUAUGAUUAGUGAGAAGGCAGCCGACAUCAUACAUGAAGAUGCCAGGUUAUCUUAA